CAAGUGAGUUCAAAAGUACCCUGACAGUCGAAGCGCUAAGCUAACAACUUCGACUAAGAAGCAGGGUUUUACUGAAGUUAGUCCUAUCGCUAGUUACAGUAAUCCUAGAAAACUAGCGAAAGUAUGCACAACUACAAAUCAUACUUUCUUUCUCUCUAUACUUCUACGGCCUCUUGAAUCGUACCAGAGAGUCGCGUGAAAAUUUCACGUGUUUGUAUCCAACUUUUUACCGCGAUUUAAUUAAUUGACCCCAGUUCAAACGCGGAAGCGUUGCGUAACUGCGUAACACGAUAUGUUUCGUCGAAUUUAAGUGAGCGUAUGUUUAGUUGGUACAUGUGCGCGACCUCCCGGGACACUUAUGAUUUGUGAGGUUCGUGCAAGUUCUAGGCAUCCGUCACGUUUAGCGGUUGUGAAACGAGAGUCGAGUUGUAAAACACGCCGGCCAAAUGAGGAUAUACGUGGCGGAAGAAGUGUCCCGGAGCUGGUCCCGUUACGGAGGGUAAAAGUCCGCGCGCGCGUGGCCCUGGCAAAAGCUGGAGACAGGGUGGGUGCGCGCGCGCUUCUGUAUCAUCCCACCCUCUCUCAGAAUCCGGAUUUUAUAGGGCCGUUAAGUUAGCUCGACGAUUUUCCAAACUCGUGUGAUUGUCUUGUCGCGGCAAGCCGGCUAUUAAAUGGCACGGAAAAUAAAUAUGCUCCGAUCUUGCGUUCCGUUUUAUACGCUCCCCGAAUGAUACGUUAAACCGUUCGUCAACGUUUUAUCGUUCCAGCUUUAUCCUCGUUGCGAUUCGAUGCUGUUAAAUUUGGGGAUUGGUGAAGAAUAAUUUCAGUUUCGGGUUAAAGGGUGUUCGUUUUAAUUGUUACUUAUAACUCUAACUGGAAAAACUAAUAGAAAAUGAUAAUUACUGUACAUUUAGAUUCAACUUGAUCAGAACGAUUGUUAAAGAGUUAUGAAAUUGAGAGUUCAUUGAACUUCUGAAAUUUUACACGUUUCCUUCUAAAUAUAAACACAAAUAAACAAGCUGUAAAAGCUACACCGGCUUCCUCGUGAGUGCGCGCAUUAAUAGCAAGAUGGUGGUAUCCAGCGAAUGGUUCUCGUUCCCGAGAUUCCAUCAGGCGAACAUCUCUAAGCGUCAAAAAACAGCUGCCUCCGGAAGAGUUCCUAAUUUCACGAGAAAUACGUUCAGCCGGUCGUGGUUGUUUUACGAUGCAAUAGUCCUGAACAACCACCAUGAACGUUCAUGGACGCUGGUUUCCACGCGUAGACGCGCGUGUAUACACAUAGAGAAGAGGAUGCGACGUAUCUCCUGCCUCGAUCUACUUCCUUAUCGCAGGCGAAAUUGUCCUGGCCGCCGUGGCAGGUCCCCAGCCUCUUCCUUGCCCAAGAAACAGAGAAAGGGAAGCAAAGGAUUCGACCAAAGAAAAGGAGAAGGAGAAAAAGAGGUGGGAGAGGGCGUCGUACAUUACUGCACGCGAAAAAAGACCAUCUACAGGACGUUUAAUUUCCGAAGCCCUUCCGCCAGCUCCAUUCAAGGCGUCCACGGCCAGGGCAUGAAUCCCGUCAUUCAGCUACACCCUACGCUCAUCCCGUGUGCCCGGCUUGGGCUAACAGCCACGAGGCACGACGGUGAAAAGCAUCGCGUCGCUAGUAAUCUUCUCUUCGAUGCUCUACUACGACCUUUUCUCGUGGAAAAUUUCGUUCGAGACGAGAGCGUGCCAAACAAGAUGGUAGCUCGUUUUUUUUUGUCGGUUGGUGAAAAAUACGCUGGCUAGUGUGAGAGCAAUUUUCACCUGGAUGUAUUUGAAGCGUAUCCUCAUCGAUUUAUGGAUUCGUUUUGUAGAUGUUAGUUUUAUCAGACCAAUAAUACGAAGGUUAUAUUUGUAUCGUAGAAUCGAGUAAAUCUUUGACUAAUUUGGUAAACAACAAUCUUGUUGGAUCGGACCCUAGGUUGUCCUACCGCGUUAAACAGCCCGUAAAGAAAGCGCGACGACAAUUAUUCCCCUUGUUCUGACGCCUGCACGCGCAAUCAAGCUAAUCCCAUGGACCGACAACGGAAGCUUAGAAUCCCUCCCGGUUACACGGGGACACAUUUGUUGAGGGUUGUUGCUUAAAGAAAUUCCACCAUGAAGCGUGAAAUGUCUGCCCUCUUUCUAGUAUCACAGAUCAAAGUAUAAAAGAGUAUUAUAGGUGUACUGAUUGGCAACAUAUUAUUUGGAAUGAAAUUUCUAAACCUAUAUUCUGCUAACCUUGUAUUUCAUAACGAGGUAAAAAAUAGGGGGUGUUUUAUCUUUGAAAACAACAGAAAUUCUGUGUAGGAAUCGAUUUGCUUUUAAGGAGAGAAUGAUGGGAAGGAUGGAGGGUAGUUAAAGCGGUUAACCGUCGAGGUAAAACCGACACAUCUUAAUUUCCUGUCAAAAUAUUGACAACCUAGCAGCCAUUAGCAUUAUGAACGACUGGUAGUAGGUCAGUGCCGGUUGGCCGGCUUCGCCGACUGUUUAGUUAUUGUUUCCGCCAGAGAUUAUAGGGAUGGGGUCUUUAUUGCCCUAUGGCAGUAAUAUAGGUAUACCGGCUCGCCGAUACACUACUACCAGCUUACGUGUAUAUACAUUCGCCUAUAGGCUUGUGCGGGCUCGCACCUGUUGGCGCCUGCGAUUAUGGCCGCAAUAACAUUCCGUCAAACUACCAACACCUACAUACCUACACCUUUUAACCCGACUCUAGCUGCUUAGAUACGUUUCAAGAACUCCUUUAAAUAAUCCGACUAGUCUUUUGUAGGAAAAUUGAAUAUAAAAUUAAUUUCCUGAGUAAAAGUAACUUUCGAACCAAAGGUAUUUGAGUUAGAAGAUGUAGAAAUCGAUGAAAAAUUUGUGGGGGUUUUAAACGAAGCUUAGCCAUACUGAACGUGGACGGAAAAUUGAAAAAUCGUAUGUAUUUUCAGCUCAUAUUUUAUAUAAUACCAUCGAAUUUUGACUGAUAGAUGGGCAGCAGGUGCGUGAUAGAAAUUGUGACGCGACGAGCAAUAGUCUCGGUGUAAUACGGUAGGGACUAAUAAAAGGAUCCGUAAUAUAUCUUCUCGGCGAAUUCAUUCUUUUUUUUGCCCGGUCCGCCAGGGCAUUCGUAUUUAUUUCGCGUGUUCCCGUGUUUUUGCGGACUUUUUCGGAGCUAAUACUGUCCGGCAAAACAAACACGCGAAACGGAAAGGAGACUGGGCUCCGAUUCAUUGAUUUUACGUCGCAACAUUAUUUAUCGUCCAAUAUAUCGAGCUUGUCGAUACCAUUCGUUGCGUCAUGCGCCAUAAUAACGGGUAUCUUCUUCGAAAUUGUUCAUUGCUAGAACGAGAACGCGUGGACGAAGGAACCAGCUCGAACGCAUGUCAGCCCUUGACGACCCUCACGAGCAAGAGGGUGUAUUGUCAAACGUGGGUGCAUACCUUUGUGGCAGAGUUACCAGAAGUGGAACUGACCGUGCAAUAAAACACAAUUUCCUAGCGAGUUCAUUUUCCCGACAAAUUCAAAUUAAUGUGACGACGUACGAAUUGACUUUCUAAGUUAUUGUCGGACCAACGAACGUACUUUCAACGGUCGCGUUUCCCUCUAAUGAAAAAAUUUUGAAUGCAAUUGCCAGCUCGUCGAUCGAUGAUUUUCUGUUUGAAGGACGCGUUCAUCAAUAACGGCCCAUUUCAGACUUCUAAUCAAAUAUUUACAUCCUGAUCAAUUACAAAAAACGUACAUAUAUCAUGUCAGAGUGACACAUCACCAAUUGCUUCGGCGUUCGACACUCUUUAUUCCUUCGAAAAAAUCACGUGAAUUUCUCGAUUAACAAAUCUCCAUUUACCUCUCAUUGCUCAUCGGAGAUUCAUGCAAUUAAAGGAGAAGAAAAUAAAAGAAGAUGGAACGAGAAAGGUGGUAUCGUAAGAGGAGAAAAUGUUCGGCAAUGAACGUCUCCGUGAAAACAGGAAAGCCGAAAGAGAUAAGGGAGUAAUUAAAUUCGUAUACUCUUUACGCGUCGAUAAUUCGCGCGGAGGAAGGCUGGAGGCUGCCGGUAGCAUCGAGAGGGAAAGAGGGAGAGUAUGGAGUAUACGCGGUUACGGCCACCACGUGGUUGCAGAGAGAGAAUCGAGCAUGUGUGCAGAGGAGCGGCCACAAAUCACCAUUACUCGAUGUGUAUCGCGACGCUAUAUAAUUAUACCUAUAACGCCAAGCACCAGGUAAUGGCUCAAUCCUGCAUGUGCAUGCGAUGAUAACCAGACCUAAAGGUGGGCCACUAGGUGGGGUCUCAGUUAGCCCGCGAGAUUCAAACAGCUCCCUUUCCAUUGGCUCGUUUCGAGUCACGUGGUCCGUUACGUCACCGUGGCCAUCCUCGUGAGCGGUACGAGCCAGUUGGUCAGACGAAGAAGGAAACAGUAAGCCUGAGCGCGCGCGAGAAUCAACACGGGAGAGAGGGAAUAGAGAAGGACGUCGAAUAUAUCCUUAGUAAACGCCAGAGUGUAUAUACGAGUGCUCGAAAGAAAGAAGACACCAAUCGGUGCUUGUAAAUAAGGAUAGACUAGAGAGUAGAAGGAAGAAGAGACGGAUAAUGGUCGAAGGAGCGACGAGGUUAGAAGAGAAGACGAAAACAGAAAGAGAGAGAGGCACAGGCCUAUACCCUACGCGGUGCCCCCUCCCGCCAUUAACAACGCCCUUGCAUAUAAAUCCCCGUCUCAUCUGUGUGCGAUCGGCCAUGUGUGCGUGAAUCGUUCGUCUCCGUCUUGAUCGCGGGUUUCGGGGAUCGCUCGUUCUUCGUUCACAGUCAGUUUUCUCUCUGUCUGUACUUCUCUCUGUUGCUCUCUCGGUUCGGAUUCCCCGCCUUUGCACUGGCCACAGGAUAGCCGGGCAGGGGGGCUAGAGAAGAGAGGAGGGUUUUGAGGGUUUCGUGAAACCGAGAGAGAUAAACGACGAGAAAAUGCCGGGCGAGCAGGAAAGCGAGAACGCGUGGCAGGGAGAGAGAGAGAGAGAGAACCAACGGAGUUGUGUAGACGAUUGGAGUGAGACGAAAUGGCGAAAGAGCAAGGCAGAGGCAUGAAGAGAGAGAGAGAACGAAGGCAGCGCCGCGUGGCGGUACGAGGUGGGGACUAUCGGGCCGUAAACCAUCCGCGGUGAACAUUUAACUCACGUAUUGCCAUCCGACAAGUUUGCUUUGGCCCGCGAGAGAGCGUCACCCGAGCGAGCGAGCGUCCGACGUCGAAGCCGAGCCUUCCGCGAAACACGCGAGGAGGUGGAUCAGAGCCUUCGACUUCAACGCGGCUUGAAAUCUGUUCCGUUCCAAAGAGCCGCCGAUUUUCCGUUAUCCACGCGGCCUCCUCUCGAUCGUGUUGUCCUUUUUGUCCUCGCGAACCAAUAGGACAACCGGGUAUCGCGAUCGGGAAAUCGUAGCUUCCCGCGCGUGCCGAACGAUCUCCCUCGAUCGGCCACGUCAACCUUUUGGAGCACCGAUCGACACGUCCAGAUGCAACAACUGAUCCAGGCCUGAUCGACCGUUAUCAUGAGCUACAGGAAACGAACGCGGACUACCCUUCCGCAGACUGCACUCUGCUUCCGCUGAAUCCUCCGGCCAGCCGCAUUAAAGGGUGCGGCACAACUUCGGUAGCAGGGUGGACAGAGGAACGGAACGUGUCUGGAGCGGCUUGGCGCUUUGAACGAAGGUACCACACCGAAGAAGACGAAGAACUCUGAUUACCAUCUUUCCCCCCCUCGUGUACAAGUUCAAUCUUCGCCCCUCAACCCUAACCCCACAGUUUGAUAACUUACGGUUUUGUAGUGCUCCAGUUUUAUUUUCUGUUCUUUCGAUGAGUCCAGUGUGAUAACCCGAGAUAAAGGGCAAGAAAAAAGAAAUAAUAGAAUUCAACGAUACGCAAGUGAGAUAAUACGGUGAUGGUGGUGUGAUAAUAAAGAGUGUGCGCGCCCGCGUGUUGUCCGAGAGUGUGGGAUUCAAGAUUUACAGAAGGUGAUAUAUAUAUUAUAUAUGUAAAAAUAAUAUAAAUAAUAUAUCCAAAUGUAAGGACAGUGUGCAAGUGUGUCCGUACGCAGAUAGAGUACAAAACAAAACGAGCGAAUAUAUAAAAAGUGAAGAAAGAAACAAAUACUAUAUCCCGGUACAAAGGGAGAAAAAGAAGAAGAAGAGGUGGAGGAGGAGGAGGAAGAGAAAGAGGAAAGUAAAUAGGUGGAGAAGAACUAUCAAAGAUCAAAUACAGAGAGUGAGAGCACGCUAAACGACCGAGGGUGGCAUUAGCAGGUGGGCCAGGUGGGACAAGUAGCAUGAGUUCGUACUUCGCGAAUUCGUACAUCCCGGACCUGCGUAAUGGCGGGGUGGAACACCCGCAUCAGCAUCAGCAGCACUACGGUGCCGCCGUCCAGGUGCCCCAGCAAACGCAGUCGGUUCAACAACAGUCUCAGCAAGCCGGGGACCCAUGCGAUCCCAGCCUCCUGCGUCAAGGAGUACCUGGCCAUCAUUAUGGGGCAGCGGGCACCCAACAAGAUAUGCCUUAUCCGAGGUUUCCGCCGUACAAUCGGAUGGACAUGCGAAACGCGACCUAUUAUCAGCAUCAACAAGAGCACGGUAGCAUGGACGGAAUGGGUGGUUACAGGUCGACGUCCCCCAGCCCUGGUAUGGGCCACAUGGGACACACACCUACUCCGAACGGACAUCCGUCCACUCCUAUUGUCUACGCGAGUUGCAAGCUUCAAGCGGCCGCGGUCGAUCAUCAGGGUAGCGUGCUCGAUGGACCGGACAGCCCGCCUCUCGUCGAGCCCCAGAUGCACCAUCAGAUGCACUCGCAACAUCCUCACAUGCAGCCACAGCAAACCCAGCACCAACAGCAACCGCAACAGCAUCAACAUCUUCAGGCACAGCAGCAGCACAUGAUGUAUCAACAGCAACAACAGACGCAAGCGGCGUCGCAGCAAUCGCAGCCAGGCAUACAUCCGCAGCAACAGCCGCAAGCUCAGCAACAUCAAGGGGUGGUCACGUCGCCGCUUAGUCAGCAACAACAGGGCACUCCUCAAGGUGCGGCCAGUGCCAACCUACCGAGCCCGCUCUACCCAUGGAUGAGAAGUCAAUUCGAGAGGAAACGAGGUCGACAAACGUACACCCGAUACCAGACCCUCGAGCUAGAGAAGGAGUUCCAUUUCAACCGAUAUCUCACCAGGCGGCGACGCAUCGAAAUCGCGCACGCGCUCUGUCUGACGGAGCGACAAAUCAAAAUUUGGUUCCAAAACAGACGGAUGAAAUGGAAGAAGGAGAACAAGACGAAGGGUGAACCAGGCUCGGGCGACGGUGACACCGAGAUCUCGCCUCAGACAUCACCACAGGGUUGAGAGAGUCCCGAGGAGUGGAACUUCCAAAGAGGUCUCAUCUCUCUCAGGGUCGUUAAUACCUUGUUUCCAGCACUACCUCCUCCCCAUAAUACACACCCCCUCACGCCAUGCCACCCCUGCAAUAUCCGAAAAGGAGUCCCCACCCAAACCACCCUUGCUCCACAUACAGCAAUGACGCUUAUUUUGUCGUGUUAAUCAAGUUGCUCGUACCAAAAAAAUUGAGAAGACAAAGGAUAACGCGUAGAGACGAAAAUUAAUUGAACAACACGGAAGUGAAGAUGUGAACGGGACACACACGAACGAGUCGAAUGAAGAUUUAUAAAGAUCCAUGAUAUCUUCUAACAGUAAUGUCGUGGAAAUGGAACGAAGAUGAAAGGAAUCGGACAGGAGGAACGGAUCGGAUCGGAUCAGAUCGGAAGAAAACUGGAUCACAUGCUAAUCAGAACCGCGUUAACCUCUAUUACAUUUAAUCGAAUGUAAUUGUACUAAAGCCUAUAAUGAUAGGGAUGAGAGAAAGAAAGAGAGAAAGAGAAUGGGAGUGAGAGAGAAAAAAAUAUAUACGUACUUUAAAAUGGCGGAUACACGUCCAUAAAAAUUAUAGCGCGAAUGUUUGAAAAUUAAUUGUAAAGUAGAGAAUGAAUGAGCCCAAUGAAAGCUUGUAAAGUGAUACAUAUAUACAUAUAAAUAUAUAAAUAUAUAAAUAUUAUAUACAUAUAUAUGUAUGAAGAAGAGCAGCGAAAAUGAACCAGAGAGACAGAACGAAUGAUGAACGAACGAGUGCAAGAAUCGUGCGACGAAUAUAUAUUUACCGCGUGGAAAAGAAGAAAUAUACCUUUAGGGAAGCGUUUUAUUAUUUAUUCUCUUACGUCGUACACGCGUAGAGUCGUAGAGUGGUUAGUUUAAAAUAGUGGACGAAGGACGAUCGUCCAUCGUGUCUCUGUUUAGCGAGUAGAUCAGAAACGGUUUAGUGUUCUUUAGAGAGGAUCGAUCGUUUAGAUAGUUACUUUAUAUUUUUUUUUUUUUUUUUUUUUUUUUUAUUAAUUUCGACAAAUACCGCGGUGGCUCAGCCAGAGGGUUGCUUAAGGAAUCAAGAACGUGCCAAGUGUGAUUCUUCGUUGCCGGAGGAACAAACGGAAAGAAAAAAGUGAAAAUCGGUUGCUUGCACACUACAUCUAAUUUAAUUAGUGAAAAACAGCGGAAGAAAAAAAAAUCUACGAAGAAAAAAAUUAAGCGAGAUUAGAUCACUUUGUCGUGGAACCAGUGAAAUCUUAGUGUGUGCUAUGCAAUUCUUUAAAUUCCAGUGAUUUGUUUGGUGAUCGAUCGGAUCCAACAGUUUCGGCCAAUCGGGGAAAAGUUGUGAACAAAACUUGUCUUGUCCGUUAGUGUGUUCUGAAUGAAAGGGAAAAGGACACACAGUGUUUCAGGAGUGAGGAGGCCUUCGGCGGAGCAGAAGUCAAAACCCACCUGACAUUUCUUCAUCACAGUGUCAUCGCAAGGUCAGUUAUAAAAAAACAAAAAAAAAAACAAAAAUGUUUUCAUAUUUAUAUUUACACUUCCGUGUAUGUUCGUGUCCUAUCAGAUAUUUUUUGGCAUUCUUCUUUUUUUUUUCUCUUCUUGAUCGCGUGUAUGUACACUGUCUGAAGAACGUGUCAAUGAAAGACCCUCUUAUAAUUUGUUCUCGUCGAGUGUACAGCUACGAAAUUACGGGUAUAUUGCAUCGCUGUAUAAUUACGCUCGCGCGAGUACUAUCGUAAACCAAAAGUCUAUUGCGGCUACUCGAAAGAAAAGGACUAUUCAUUUAAUUUUUUGUACACAGUAUAUAUCAUAUUUAUCAUUCUGCCGAAGUAAAAUGCAUUUCAUAAUUCGUAUCAAAAUCUUUCGGAUGUUUUGAUAUUCUACCUUGGUAAUUAUUGUUGUAAGUACCUUUUCUUUUGAGGUAAGCCGUAUCGCGAAGCUGUGUUUCGAAACAGCAACCAAGAAAUCGUGCAACCGUGUUCGCUGCGUUUUUCUGUUUCCUUGUAAAUAUUCAAAGCAAUGACGAAACAAGAGAGAAAAAGAAGAGGCGACCCCGGUUAAAGAGAUCCUCGAUACGAACGACCAAAACCCGAGGAAUCUUGCAAGCGAGUGGUCAUUGAAAAUUUACUGCUGCUCCGCACGACACGAGGCCAAGUUACCAAGUGAUGUAAUUCGUAGCGUAUUUUUGGAAUAGGAUGCUUUCGGCAUGAAACCGCUUGGCACCUUAACACUAGCUCCACCGAGUAAAACUCUAUAGAAAAUUCUGUUUCACUAUUUAUGGUAUCUCUCCUUGCUCUAAAUUUGUUAUAAACAAUGAUUCAUUUAGAGACGUAGCAUUAUUCUGUUAACACUGUCAUGGCUAAAUUUCUAUUAAUGAAUUGAAUUUCCAUUACUUAAGAAUUUCAUAAUUAACGCGUUGAAUACCAUGGGGAUCACUGGUGAUUGGUACUCUACUUGCAAGUGGCGCCAUGGGGGUUACUAGUGACCUAUAAUAAUAAAAUUGUAUCACAUAAUUUGAUAGGUGAAAAGUAAUCAUAAGGUAGAGUUGAGAAAUUAAAUUCAAAAAUUGAACAGUUGCCCUCCAUUUUCUUCAUCGUUUAACUCUUAAUCAUUCCAACUAGUUAAAUUUCACCAGGGAAUUCCCAUGGCACUGGACGUGCCAACGCGUAUCACUAGUCAGUCUGUGAUUCCCCGUUCUUGUUUUCCCUUAGAUACUUAAAAAAAGUAACUUGAAUGCGUUUAGGGUGCCAAGCGGCGAACAAACGCGCACCAUCUAUCGGCCCGAUCAGUGAAGCUCGCGAUCUCGAUGACGGAUCAACGAUGCCGCGCGUCGAUCCUCACGUGGUCGCCGACGUCGUCGCAUCCCCUCUCGUAAGGGCCGACGCGUCGGAAAACUGCCGCGGCGAAUUCUUGUGCUGUGUUGUAAAACUUCAUAGAUCGACGUAAUUUAGUUUAUACACCUUGUAUACACGCAAUCUACGAUAUACGUAAAUAAACGAUAAUUAACGAAUACGUAAUUAUGUAUAAACGACGACAGAGACGAGGACGACGACGAUGACUACGACGAGAAGAUGAAGUAUUUAGAGACAAACGAAUAAAAAAAUAAAAAAAAAUUAUAUAGGUAUAUAUAUGUAUAUUAAGAAGUGAAUCUAAAGAUCUCACGGGUCCGAGGAAUACUUUCUUUAGACUCGUUCCCACAUUAACGAGAGAUAAACAAAGAAGUAAAAUGAUCAUGGAAAGAUAAAAAAAAAGAAAUAAAUAAAAUGGGAGAUACAUAUAUGGAACUGAUAUACGUAAUACAUGGUCCAGCUCGCGCACGCGCAUCGAUUGAGCAUCAGCCGGCCAUUCUUUCUCGAGAGAUUUAUUUAUGUAUAACUUUUUGUCACGAGAAGCAACGAACUGUGAAAAACGGAAGAUCGUCGACGAUCGCUCGCUGUCUCCUGUGAACGGUUCUUCUUUUUCUUUUCUUUUUUUUAUUGUUUGGCGAGUGGGAGUAUGGAAGAGAAGCCCCGAAACCCGCACGUUUACGGUCAGGGGUCGUGAUUCUAAAUUGCUCGGGCAAAUUGGCGUCAAUUAAGCUCGAUAACCCGUCGAGGGGCUUCUUCGCCAUCGCUGUAGGUAUGGGUUUUCGUAAAAGUUUCAAGGAAAGAGGAACACCGACGAUAAAUAACGAACCAUCAUCGGUCGUCGUCUUGAUCUACUUAUCUUUUUUAUUCGUACACUGAGUCGGAAAAUAGUUUCAGUCAUAAAAAACUUAUCGUUUACAUUGAAAACCACUUUGGCAAGAAUUCGUGGAAAUUGCGGAUUAAUUAUGUUAUAAACACUUGCAUCACUGUCGCCGAAAUAGUUACAUGGACAGCAGUCGUUUGGCACCAUACAAAAGUAAAAAUGAAAAUUAAUGAGAAACGAUUGAUUUCUGUAUCUAAAAAGACCCAUUGACAGUCGUGUAAGUGUUAAACAAACGGAAUGUACCUUGAUUUUCAUAUCUCCAUCGCACAUUCAUCGAACUGUCAACCAUGAGCAUUUUUAGUUCCACGUUUCCCCGUCAACGGCUUUGUCUGUCAAUGCAAAAUUAAUUCCUUCUUGUUCCUUCCAUUCAGAGAUCUAGAUUACGUAUCGCGUUGAUUAGUAAGCUUUCUCUUAUUCUCGUCUAGAAUCAAGGCCCUUGAAAUAUCGAUCACGAUUUAUAAAGAUCACAAUACAUCGAUUCACCUCACACGAUUCGGUGAUUUCCUAUUUUUGCAUGAUUUGCGGUUGGUAAGCAACGCACGCGUUAAUAUUCUGGCUACAUUAAUCAGCGAUACCAUCUAUGUAGGCCAGAUAUACCGAGGCGUAGGGUGCGGCUUUCGAGACAAAGGAAGUAUUUAUUGGCCUUGCAUCACACUACCGACCCGUUACGACACAAACUGGGGUCCACAGUGCGAGCAAAAUUUCACGCAUAAAUGCCUGUCUGACAAACUAUUUUCCAGACACUUUUCCUGACCACUAAGAGUUUGCAGCAUUAAUCUCUGUCAAAUGUUUGAUCAUUGAUCUUUAAUCUAACUGAAGUGUGAAGUUAAGGAUAAGCCUGUCUACAAGUUGCCCUGAUUCAAAGCGGCUCUCAGGACAGUGAUGUCAGAAACGGUAACAUCUUUCAAUUUCUUGAAUUCCAUUGCCACUAGUGCAAAUCAUUGCCGCCAGGGCAAGCUCUUGGACAGCGCUGACCUAGGGGUCCCUAGGGAGAGCCCCAUUCUUAUUUCAGUUCUUUGUGCAAUCCUGUUUCUAUAUGUAGUUGUGAACUAGGUUUAAGUAUAACUAUCCUUCUUCAACAACUCAGCCUGCCUUUAAUUCACACUCCAGUUAGGCUAUAACUCAGUGACUGUAGCUGAAUGUGUUUGACCAAUUGGUAAAAGGGCGUUCACAUUGUUAUGUCUCAAUUCGUGUAGCACGCACGUUCUCGGUAGAAAGUGCAAAUCGAUCUCGAUGAUUUUUCACCGAUUCAAGGUUCAGUUUAUUACGCAUAAAGCGAGAAAUUCAUUCGAUCGCUACUAGUGAAUUUAUCAUCGGUAUUUCUCUUACUAGCAAUCGUUCGUAACACACGAAGAAAAAUAAAUUAAUUGUGCAAUAAUCGCGUGGCUAACCACGAGGAGAAAAGUUUCGAACCGCGAGCGAUCGCCGGGAACACCAAUUCUAGCUUAAAAUGAAAAAAAGAAAUUUUUGUAUCCAUUGGAUAGCGAGCUACUACUAAUAUAGAGUAAAUAUAUAUGUGUAUAAAUGCGGUGAAACUGACGAGGGGAAAUAAAAAAAGAGGAAAUUCCUAGCGUGAACUGGAAUGUGUAAAAUGCAAAAUUAUAUAUUUUAUCUUUACUCUUAUAUAGUCGCGUAAAAAUUUACGGAUAUAUACGUAAUUUGAAAAGAGAAACAAAAGCAAAAGUGGACAAGCGAGUAACGUGAUUGUAUGUAGAGUUAAAAGCGACGAAGAGAGGAAGUGGAAUUGUUAAAGAGAAAGAGAGAAGUGAACAACAAGAACAACAGUGCGUAUGUACGAAGUGAGUCACUAAGAUAGCGUUUAAUCGAUAAGGUUUACGACUAAAGCCUAACUCUUAAGAUGAUAAUUAAAUAGAAUUAAGGAAACGGGCAUGUCGGUUGCAGCGGGCGGGGACGGUGGUUACAGAAAAGAAGUAAAAGACAUUUAAUCUAAUUCACCACAAAUGAUAAAAUGGGCAACGCGCAAUUAAAUAAUUAAAACAUUCGUGGGGUUUGCGAUCGUGUAUAUAGUCAAUGUGUCUAUUUGGGGAGCUCGCAAACACCACUUAUGAAAUCUACAUUAAACACGAUAGUAAGUCCUAAUAAAAAUGGUCUCUGCAGAUGGGGAAACCCUCUUUAUGAAUAUUUAUUAAUUUAUAUGCUGUUUUAAUGCACUUGCCAGUUUGAUUCAUGUCUCUGACAGUCUACCAGAAUACCAAUUGUGUAAAUUAAUAUAUGUCAUAAUUGGCAAACAAUAAAACCACGUCCUCGCACGCCCAUGCGCCGAAGAGUUCCUGACUGCCUGUCACUCUCCAGACAGGUGUCGCUAGUUUCGUAUACACCUUUAUAGGUACUGUAUAUCUUACCUAAAUACGUAAAGAAAAGAAGAAGAAAGGAACAGUAGUCCAUCGCCUCUCUACUUUCAGUCAACGCGAUCAUCCAUCGCUCGGAAUAUUGUAACUUAAAAAUCUCCAUUAUGUCCUACAAGUCGAUUAGCCGUCUUUUUUACAAUACGAAAGAAGAUAUAUAUUAAAAAGUGAGCAAAAAGGAUUAAAAACGGUCUACAAUUUCAUACUGAUAGAAUGGAAGAAAAUUUUGGUACACGUUUAAUAAAGUCACAGGUGCCGCAAUGUCCAUACGUAACUUUGUUCACUAUUUUUGAUUGGUUUUAUUUUUGAAAACGAUCUCUUUCGUCUCAGACAUACAUAGAAACACUCAUGUUUUCGCGUAGUAUCAUUUACAUAAAAGGAAGAAAGCAGUAUCCAAAAGCCUCCUUUGUUUAGGUGUAGCGUUAAAUCGUCCGGUCAUUGCACAUCCGUUGCAUUUGUAAAUACACCAGCGUAAAUUGUUUUUUCAAGAUGCAGUCGUCAUUGUUACACACACUUCUUCAAAUUCGACAAGAGUUUCUUAUAAUUAGAUAAUGUUCCGCCUCUGUGAAGACUGAUACCCUACAAUAGCGCAUCCUUAUAGUUCGUUUAUUGUAAUGAGUUUGUAAAUUCGAAACCAAGAAUAUGUACUUUGUACUUUAGAAAUUCUAUCGGGUCGAAAACAAUAGUACUAAUUUCAAAUUUGCUACCAUUUUCCUUGAAAAAUGAAUGUCUCGCGCCACGGGUUGCGCUGUUACAGGAGAGGAAGCAUUGUAAAUAAUUGCCUCAAAAUAGCGUGGAAAGUUUUUUUUAUCGGCGGGGCAAUGUGAAAGGCGACGUCUGACGUCGCGGCAUCGAAUCGCGAACCGCGACCGCUGUAUACGAUACCGCGUAGGUAAAGUAGGUACCUGUUUAAUAGACUAAAAGAAGAUUACAAAGUAACGGUAGCAGAGAAUUAAUUAAUUACUAUUUAUUGAUACGGUACUGUAAUAAUAUACGAACAAAAAAUCGUCGCUUAGGGACGAUUUCGACCCUUAUGUAAGAGGUUCGAUUGUCCUGUAACCGUGACGAGAAGAUAGAAGAAAAGGAUGACAAUAUUUAUUAAGAGCCGCAACGUUGUCGUCACCAAUACGUAGUACUUGUGAUUAAAAUUAGGUUUUUAACCUGAUUAUUUAUUUAUUUAUUUAUUUAUUUAUUUAGUACUUCUACUUUCUUAUUUUUUACGCAUUGAUAAAUUCGAUUUUGAAAAUUUUUGACCCAAGUUACUGAGAAGUUCAAAUUCAUUUUUUUCUACCCUAUUUUGGUUGUACACUCAAGUCAUCAGUACUACGUGAACACAUUGCCCCCGACCGAACCGAUGGAACAUCCCUUCACACACACAAAGACCGGAUACAAGAACACAUUCGUUCAAAGCGGUUACGCGAUGCGGAAGAAUGAAGAAAAAGAAAAAAAGAA